AUGGCUACCCAGAUCUUACGACUACCACGAACGGACAAACCAAGGGAGCACCUCCUCGUUCAUGUCACCCAGAUUCGUUCGAACUCGCUCGAUCUGAAGCUGGUCGGAACCGAGCAGGAACAUCUAUAUCAUGCGACAACCAAGGAGUCGAGCGUAAAGUCCUCACAAGCGAGCAACUACACCGGUGAUCUGAACGAAUGGAAGGCCAUCUUGAAAUAUGCUUUUCUUCACGAGCGUCCGGCAUCUGCGUCGGCGACGGCAAUCGAUGGACUGGAGAUGGUUGCAGCGAUCAGUAGCGACACCCUUACCAUCACAGUACGCAAGAACAUCGGCGGUAUCACGCAAAGAUUGGGCAGCAUCAAGCUCGAUCAGGAUGACGAGCGCGAAGAGGUGAGCGCCUUCGAAUGGGCGGACACCGCGGUCUCAGCUGCAGACGACUUGCGCAAUCAACUUGAGUCACUGCAGGCUUCUGUCAGCGGCCAGCAGUGUGAGGUGGCGAAUCUCACGAAGCAGCUCGACGAUCUGGUGAAGGCAAAAAAGGAACACGAAGAUGAGCUGCUGACGAAGUUCGCUGCUUUGCUAAACGCCAAGAAGCUCAAGAUCAGAGACCAGCAACGUCUUCUCAAUGCGGCCAAAAUUGAUCCUGCUGCUGCCGAGGAGACGCGUGCGGCUCGAGGGGGUGGGAGAGGGCAUGGUCGCACUGCUAAGGCUUCAGGGCGCGGAAAACGGAAGGUCGAUGAUGUCGAAUCUGUUGCUGACGAGGAGAUGGAGGAUGGUCGCUUGCCAGAGGCUGUGGAGGACUACGAAGAGGAGCGGCGAGAAGAGGAGACGCCACCGCAUUCAGAAGCAGACGACGAUGCUACAGAGGACGAAGAUGACCUGGAUGCGCCGGCUCCUGUUCGGCUAGGCAAGGCGAAGGCGAAUGAGCGGAUGGAUAUCGAGGUGGAUCGGGAGCUGCCUCCAAAGCGAGACUUGCCUUUUCGCAGAAGGAGUCAGCAGUCCAAUGCGGCCGACGACGACGACGACGACGACGAGACAGAUGAUGAGUUAUGA